UCGUCGACCAGGCCCGGCGGAAUCCGCGUUCACGAUUUAUCGAUUUGGUAGAUCGCACGCCGGCAGACGUGGUGGCGGCGAUCGUAAUCGCCAUUCGAACGGCGAUCGGUAGCGUGUCGGGUUUAAAAUUUCAAAAAUGUCCAACAUACGAUUCAAGCGGGACGGCCGUGACUAUCUAAAGCCAGCGAUACAUCCUAUUGAACCGGGCGGCGAACUGUCCGCGUUUCGUGUCUUAACGAGCCGAUUUAGAUCGCUUGUCUUGCGAUCUAAACUGGACGGCUCGCUUGAUCAUCAUGCGCGUAGACUGUUUACCAAACACAUGUGUUUGGUUAUGUUACUUCUUACGCCAUACGAAUAGUUUAUGAAUCUGCAGAAGCAUUACUAUCCAUAAAAAAUGGUGGAUAUCCAGCGGUUGAUGAAAUUAAAAUGGAAAUAAUCAAUGACGAUACAAUGGAUAUGGAUGAACAGCAUAUUUCAAAUCAUUCAAUGGAUCAACAAAUGGAUACUGAAGAAUCUGAACCAAUACCAGAACUUGGACCAGCAGCUCUUGGUUUACAAAGAGUAGGUACACAACCACCUGCCAAACCAAAUCCCCCGACACAACCAGUGCAAGUGUUAAACCGUAGAGGAAUGCCUGCAAGAAUUAGGAAAAAAAACAAGUUAUUCUAUGAUGAUGCUUUAAUAAAUCAUCCACAUCAUAGGAUCAAGAAGGAUCCAUUAAAUGCAGAGACAAAACAGUCUCCUAAAAAGAUGUUACGUCCAUCACCAUUGAAAAGACACACCAAGACAUUGAAUGAACCGAAAAAAAGUACAAGUAUUUCACAACCAUCAACUCCCACAACUACCCCUAUCAAACAGGAAAAAGGACCUGAUAAAUUGCCACAACCUACAUCACCAGAUCGAAAAAUAGGACAGAAAAUUGGUAUGAGACUGAGGAAUUUAUUAAAGCUUCCAAAGGCGCAUAAAUGGGUCUGUUACGAGUGGUUUUACAGCAAUAUUGAUAAGAUAUUAUUCGAAGGCGAUAACGACUUCAUGAUAUGCUUGAAAGAAUCAUUUCCACAAUUGAAAACUCGCAAACUUACACGUGUGGAAUGGUGUAAGAUUAGAAGAAUGAUGGGCAAACCACGAAGAUGUUCACAAUCAUUCUUCGAAGAGGAGAGACGCGAACUGGAGAGAAAACGGCAAAAGAUACGGAUGCUGCAGCAAAGGAAAACGGCAGACAUAAAUAGCUUCAAGGAUUUGCCAUCUGAAAUACCAUUGCAAUUAGUAAUUGGUACAAAAGUGACGGCGAGAUUAAGGAAACCUCAAGAUGGUUUGUUCACUGGAAGUAUCGACGCUGUCGAUACUAGCAAUAAUACUUAUAGAAUCACGUUUGAAAGAGCUGGAUUAGGAACGCAUAGUGUUCCGGAUUACGAAGUUUUGUCGAAUGAACCACCAGAAACGAUCAGCGUUGCAUCGUUCGCUCAGAAAUUUAGACCGCGGCCUUUACAAUAUGUACCUUCGCCGCCAUACGCAAUGAAAUUAUCCCCGCGAUUAACUAAUGAUCCUUUGAUAUCCAAUGCAUCUGUGUCCAUACCGAAGAAACCGCAUAUUGGUGGCACAAUGAAUGGUUAUCCAUUGAAGUUACUCGAACUUAUGGUAAAGGUGAAUAAGAUACUUGCAAAUAAAAAGAUUAAAAUUAAAAAAUUAAAAGAAAUGAACGGGGAAGCUGAAAAAAGACGUUCUUUCGGAGAAUCGUUACUUCCUGAUUUUGAAAGAAGAUAUGCAGGAAUUGUCGUCGAAUUAGAAAGAAUGAAUGGAGCUCUACAAGAUUUUUUGAACGAUAUACAAGAAUUGUGUCAGGAAAUGGCGCCCGAGCCUAGCGUGGCGGCGAUGUUAGCCCCAUCGCAUCUUCGAGAAAAAUGUAAACAAGAAGCGGCAGAUAUGGUAGCUAGAAAUAAUAUGAUAAAUGAUAAAGCACCAGGAAAGAUGAAUCAAUUGGUGACGGAUUUGACUGCGCUGAUGUUACAAGUAAAGAGCUUAUCAGAUUCUGAUCGAAACGCAUAUGAGCUCAAAGUGUUGCAAGGUACUAUGGAGCAGAUAAGAUCAAAACUCAGUCCACAGAAUCAACAAGUGUUUCAAAAUUGUGUAGAAAUUCACAUGCAGCACAUUCAACUAGGCCUAGGACAGAUGGGUGCUUUAACACCAUUUAUGGCUCAAAGAACUUGAAAAAGUAACCAUUUAUACAUAUAUUACAUCGUAUAACAUUCUCAUGAAGCAUAAGAUAGUACAAUUGGUAACACAGUACACAGUACACAGACGAUCACAUAGCACCCUAAUUUUCUAUAAAGAAAAAUUUGAUUAUUUUUUCUUCUUGUAUAGGCCUUAUUAAUAAUAUAUUGUUAUGUAAAUUACAUGUUUACCCAAUAUAUAGGAUUUAAGUAAUUAUAUUAGUUUUGUAUAUACAGAAUGUAUCUAUUCUCUUCAAUUUCACAAUACACUCGUGAAAUACAUUACUUACAUUAGACAAAAACUUGUAUAUCAUUGAAUAUUAUUGAACAUGUUAAGCAUCUAAGAAUGUUCAUGUUUCAGAUUUUUACAUACUGUAUGUAUAAUUCUAUUCUAAUAUAGAUAUAAACAUAAGCAGCAAGGGAUUAUUAAAUUGGAUGCAUCAUGUGUACAUAUAUUCAAGUAGUAAAAAUUAAAUUCCGUAAAAUCUGAAAAGUUUCCUAAGCUUUUAUAUAGUGAUAUAGAUUUAUGUAGAUAACACAUAAAAAAUCGUUAUAUGUAAGAGAUUUUGGGAAUACAGAUGCAAUUUAAAGGCUUCAAUUAAUUAUAAGAGAUUUAGUAUAUCAUACAAAUAUUAGAUGUUUUUUAAUCAAUUUUUAUCGAAAAAAAUUGCUCGUGAUGAUAUUAUUAUUUUUCUCGCAUGUAUUAUGAAAAGAAUAGUAUUUUUGUUUAAUAUAUUCCUUGUAUAUUUAUAUAUAAUAGUCGUGUAUAAUCCAAAGAAAACAUAUACUUUUGAAAGAGAUAAAAUUUUGGGAUAGAAAUAAUUUCAAGUACAUAUAAUGAAUAAAUGUAUAAAUAAUGACAAAAUAUAAAAUAUUGAUAAUUUACAACUUUAUGUAUUAUAAAAUCAAUAUCUUCUUUUCCCAUAAUCAAACCAACAUCCAUUAAUUUUUUAUUAUGCACAAUCUCUACUUGGUAACCUAAUUAUAACAAAUUUUGUUUCAUUAUUAUAUUAUUACACAAUAUAUCAGUAUUUGAAAUAAUGGCA